UCUCCAUUACUAGAGACAAGCAAACGCAAUUUCACUUCUCUUAAUUAGAUAGCUACAAUAGCGUCAGAACUGGAUCCAAACGUGAAAGAUGCACUUACAAAACGGUGACCGAUAAUCAUAAUUAAUUUUGUAAAAAAGCCUAUUCGUUUGUAAUUAGGUGUCAUGCUUUAAAAAUUGUGUGUUUUGUGUUGAAAAGUGAAAAGCCGAAAGCAGAAAAAAGAGAGUAAAGAGUGAAAGAGAGAAGAAAAAAAAAUUACGCUGUGGUCAACAACGUCAAGCCGAUGUUUGUUCGUAGCUUCGUUAUGUCAUUUGGUGUUUCCAUUGCUUCAGUGCUCGUAUGAAAUUCGAACAUAAACAAUCUCGUCAGGCAGACUGGCCUAAAUAAUCGGUCGAGAGACAAAAAAAAAUUCAUUCAAAAUUUUGAAAGUCAGUUGAGCUGAAUAUUCCAAAGGAAAAUUUGGUUAACGCAGAAAACGAAGAUAGAAUUUUCAAUUGAAGUUUAUUUCGUGUGUUGGCAAAACAAAAAAUAAAUUGCGGGUAUCAUGGAUUCUGUGCAGCCCGAAAAUGAAACAAUAAAUUCCGAGUCGAGCACACAGAUUCCACCGCAAAAUGGUACCGCCGAUACAGUUGAACCCGAACCAUUAGCAAAAAAGCCAACUUUAAUUGAUGGUGCUGGUGCUCCAACAACAACCGCUGAGUCGGAUAACAACAUUGAAAACUGUAAUCCCGAUAAAGUGCCCGAUGUGCUAAAAGAUACAUUUUUGGUUGACGCCAUUGGCGAUACACUUUAUAGCAAACGUUUCGUUCUGCAAACAUUAUUAAAUCUCAAUAAAGUAGAAAGUAAGCUAAGUGAAGAAUUUGAAAAGGAUUUGUGCACAUUGUGGGACAUGACAAUUGAAAAAGAUGUCAUUAAAUUAUUAUUGGAACACAAUGUGCUUGAGAUUUUCUCAUCUUUAAUCCAAAUGAGCGAAGAUCAACGUUUGGUGGAAAUUUUGCUUGGGAUAAUUGGUAAUAUGUGCUCGUUAAAACAAACGCGCGAAGCACUGUGCCAACAUCCCGAUGUCAUGAUACCGAUCAUUGAUUUAAUUUCAUGUUCGGAUUCAUUGAUUUUGGUGCAAUUGAUGCGUUUGUUCCAUACGUGCCUGGUAUUUGAAAAUAGUGGCGAUGAAUAUAUAUGGUUUCAACAUUUCCGUUGUGCGGACAAUUUUGUUGAUCGUUUUGCAUUUUUAUUGGCCAAUUCAAUGAGCACAUCGUUGCUGGUGCAUGCGUACGAAGCACUCAAUGCAAUUUGUACAAAAUUCGCGGUGAUCGAAAUUCAGCCAGAAAUUGCCGAUUCGAGUGGUUUUCGCGAUGUAUUUGUAAAACCAAUACUGGUAUCCGGUGUGAUUGAAGCAUUCAAACAAAUGCUACCGGAUAUGCCACGUAUUCCAUCUGAAAAGUGUACAAAUGGUGGUGACAUUGGCAGCAAUGCCGCCGGUGAAAAUUCUCAGGCAAAUAACAGUCAAAUUAUCGAUGAUGACAUUUCGGCGCCAACAAAACGAACGCAACGCAUCAUGAAUCUAUUUCUUGACAUCAAUGUGAUACUCUCACAAUACGACAGCAUAUCACGAAAAUGCUAUGAACCAUUCAUUCCACAGUUAAUGGAAUGCAUUUCAAAAUGUUUACAACCACUUUGUUGUCCCGUUUAUUUAUUACCAUUGUCGUCCAAUGAACAAAUUCUUAUCGAAAAUGUCAACGAACUAAUUCAAACGCUGGACGAUCCAUUCGAUGUAAAUUGCUAUCAAAAAAUCAUCACAAUUUGGUCAUUAAUCGAUCAACAUUUGGCCAAACUAUCGAAAAAACAAAAUGCCGAUGCGAAAAGUGAAUGGGAAGAUGAUGAGGAUGAAGGUGAUGAUGAUGAAGAAGAGGUCAGUGGCAUUGAUGUGAAUAUGACGAUUUUGGAAUAUAUAACACGAACCAGUAAAAAUGCAACACAAGAUCAAAUUGAAGCCAGCCUCAAAAAUAUUAAACAAGAUGUGAUUGAAACAUUGUGUAAAGCGCUUAGUCCGGGCAGCAGCGAAGAUGAUAUUCGUGCAUGCAUUGAGAAAUUCAAAGAUGCGGCACGAUCAUUGUGGAGCAUUGAAAUUAUUAUUGAUGAAGAUGAAUAUGGACCGAGAAGUGUUAGUGACAUUGACGACGACGAUGAGGACGACAAUGUAGACGACGUGAUUGAUGACGAAGCGCCCAAAAAUAUCAACAACAUUGAAGGACACUUUGAAAAAAGUGAAAACGAUCCGAGCAAUUCCAAAUCUAAUCAAACAACUCCAGCCGAAUGAGCAUGUGAAUCAAUUAAAUACAUUUCUUCUAUAUUUUUUUUUGUUUUGCUACAUACACACAUUUUGUACAAAAGAUUCAAUUAAGUUUUUUUUUUUCUCUGUUGAUAGUAAGUGCAUUUUCUUUUCGUUUUGUAAUUUAACAACAUUUAAAUCAGCAAUAGAUUUGUAUUGACG